CUGCUUCUCUGAAUUUACCGGGCAGUGCUCCUCAUCAGCGCGUCCAGCCAAUGACCAGACGCGCUGGAGUGACAGCAGGAACUGCGCCCAACGCGCCGCCCGCGCCUCACCAGCGCAGACCUCACAAACACAGCCAGCUCGCCGCCUUCAUCGGGCCGAUAAGCAUUGACUGGCGAAGCAGGAGGGGAGAGAUAUGGAGGAACAGAAACUCUGACUUCCGAGGAACCCACACGCAGGGGCGGAUGGACGCGAUAUUGGUCUCCUAACAGCAGCCCCAUCAUGCUCCCCCGAAGUAUGAAAACAUCUGGAGUAGAGCUGCCGGGAGUGGGACAGAGAGAGGUGCCCCUCAUUGGAUAUCGACCCCUACAGCCAGAGGCCAACAGCCCUGCAGAUCAGCUGUGGAAGGAGAAUGAGAACAAGGAGGCUGAUCACACACAGGGGGAGCCAUCCCUGAUGAAGACCACAUGGUACUGUCCACUGGACCUGUCCACUGUGUCCGAAACGGAGGAAGAUGGUAUCAUCUACACUGUGGUGGUGAAACAAGGGCACGGUUCCCCCGCCGGCCCGCAGUCCACAGUAUCCCGUUCUCAACACGUCAAAGCAGGGAGAGAGGAAAAGCUGGUCCUCCAUCUCCUUCAUUCCUUCUCCAUGGGCGACUCCUCCUUCAUCUCCAUCUUCCUCUCCACCUAUCGCUCGUUCACCUCCACCCAGAGAGUGCUGGACAUCCUGACUGACAGGUUGGGAAAUCCUCCUGGGGAGAGCAAAAUUAACACUCGUCAGAUGUUCAACAAGGCGGUGUGUACGGUGUUCAGCACAUGGCUGAGUAACUAUCCCGAGGAUUUCUGCUCUCUGAACGAUCCCUCCUGCCUGCUGCGCUUGGCCGCCCUCCUUCCCACAGACACCUCGGGCGCAGAAAUCAAAGGCCGACUGCUGAGGAUCGCCGAGGAGCUGAGUGAGAAAGCCCUGCUGUCCGGCUCGCUCUCAGAUCCUACCAGAGGUGUGACAUCUCCUCCUGAUCCCUCAGAGUUUGAUGCCACUAGCAUCCUGGGAUUUCCAUCCAGUGUGAUCGCAGAGCAGCUGACCAGGAUCGAGACUGAUCUGUUUCUGAAGCUGGUGCCCUAUCACUGUCUGGGGUCUCUGUGGUCUCAGAGAGAUAAGAAGGGCCGGGAAGGAGCGUGCUGGUCGGUCAGAGCCACUAUCAAGCAGUUUAAUCGGUUAACGAAUGCCGUCACAGCCUCGUGCUUGUGGAACACGGCUCUGAAGAGCCAACAGAGGGCAAGACUGCUGGAGAAAUGGAUCAGCGUCGCAGAGGCCUGCAGAAGCAGGAAGAACUUCUCCUCACUGUACGCCAUUCUAUCAGCACUGCAGAGUAAUCCCAUCCACAGACUGAGAAAGACCUGGCAGGAGACAGACAGAGAAGCUGUGAAGAGAUACGAGGAACUUUCUGACAUCUUCUCAGAGAAAGACAACUACUCCCAGAGCCGCGAGCUACUCAAAGAGGAGGGGACUUCAAAAUUGUCAAACCUUGACACUAAAAUCAACAACAGGAGAUUUACAGGGUCGUGCGCUCAAGGCACUGUGCCGUACCUGGGCAUCUUCCUCCGAGAUCUCACCAUGCUGGACACUGCAGUCAAAGACAGAUUAGAGAAUGGCUUCAUCAACUUCGAUAAAAGACGACGGGAGUUUGAAGUCAUCGCUCAAAUUCGCCUCCUUCAGUCCUCGUGUAAAAACAGCAUUUUCAGAACGGAUGAGACGUUUGUUCAGUGGUAUCACAGCGCACCUACUCUGCGUGAAGAGGAAAGCUACAAGCUGUCCAAUCAGAUUGAGGCACCGGGCGAGCCGAGUCCUGGCCGUGGCCUGAACCCUACAGUGAUCAUCACACAGUGUCCAGAUGCUCUCUCAACCGUGGCAAAUACAACCAUGGAUGCUGAUGGGGUAUUUGACUUCCCAUCUCCUGUCAAUCACCUGCUGUCCAAGCUUUACAAGCAUGUGAAAUCCCCAUCCGUUUCCUGUCUGGAUGUUGAUUCGUCACCGCCGCCCAAUGAUGCCACACCCUCCGUUCUGACCACACCCACUACAGCCGUCAAAUCACAUCGGCGGUCUGUCUCCUGCGGCAACAACCCCACCAAUAACAAACGAGAGGCGGGGCCUGAUAUGAGAAUCGCCAGGAUACGGAUGGAUUUACACGACGGCAACUUAUACAGAAGCAUUCUGGUCACCAGUAAUGAUAAAACACCCACUGUAAUCAGUUCUGCAUUAGACAAGCACAACCAGAAUGCUCAAGAAGCCUCCAAAUAUGAGCUGAUCCAACUGCUGCCGGAGGGGAAAGAGUUAAUAAUACCUCCCACAGGAAACGUCUUCUAUGCCAUGUCUUCAGCUAGCGUAGACUUCCUGUUAAGGAGAAGAGGAGGAAAUACACCAACAGGGUCUCCGAAUCUUGGCAACGAAACCAGCGCAACCUUUCCACGAAUCAAAGCCAAGGGCAGAAGACUAGUCCGGACACUAUUUUAACAUAAAAACAGGAUAUUCACGUCCAAGUACUUUCAAAAGAAAAGACACAAAAUAUUUCAUUCAGAGCUCUUUGACGUAACUGUAGAAUUUACUCAAAUAAGUCAUUUUCAUAAGUCCUAAUAUUAGUAAUUUGAGUGACAGCUUGGUUAAAAUGGCUUGGUAACUAAGAUGUUAGUUACUGCUAAACGUUGCACUGUUUUUGCAUUUCAUAAAUUCAUAAUGAAUUUCAAGACAGAAUCACGUACCUUUUGCUGAUGCCAGCAUUUCCAGUGCUUCCCCCGUCUACCUCUAAAGCUAGCAGUCCAUUGGUUAAAGAAUAUUGCUCAAAAUCCUGCAUUAUUAAUGAACAUCAAAUGGAGAUAGAGCAGCUAAAAGAUCCCAGUAUAAUUAAAUAAACACUUACAGAAGGUACUUACACCUGUCUAACAUUUCAAAACACUGAGCUGUUCUGCGUGGGCAAAAA